AGCUGUGACUACUCAUGAUAUAAGGCGUUUCUUUUAAUGCAGCAAACCAAUAGCAAGAAGGUGGGUGGGACGUCUAAAAGGAAAACUUGGGCUGUUGUUACUAGUGCUGGAAUGCUAGAAAACUUGCAUGCCACGUAGUCGGCGUUAUUGCCACUAGCUAACGGGAUUUUGGUGUGCUUAUUUGUUUGUAAUCACCUUAGAAUAAACAUCACUCUGUUCAAGAGGAAAUAUGUUGCAAAUUAUGUUCAGUUUCCUUUUACUGUUCGUCCACUUAAAUGUGGACUGUGCAAAACUUCCGGAACCAGAGGUGAAGAUUGAAGUUAUGUCCAAGCCUUUCCUCUGUCACCGAAAGUCCAAGUAUGGAGACAUUCUUCUGGUGCACUACGAGGGCUUUCUGGAGAGUAACGGCACCAUGUUCCACUCCAGCCGGCAGCAGGGGGAUAAGAACCCGGUGUGGUUCACGUUGGGCAUCCGAGAGGUCAUCCAGGGCUGGGAUAAGGGCUUGCAGAAUAUGUGCGCUGGCGAGAGGAGGAAGCUGACCAUCCCACCCGCUCUCGCCUACGGCAAGGAGGGCAAAGGUAAGAUCCCACCAGAGAGCACACUGAUCUUCGACAUUGAGGUGAUGGAAAUCCGCAACGGACCGCGCUCCCACGAGUCCUUCCAGGAGAUGGACCUCAACGACGACUGGAGGCUCUCCAGGCAGGAGGUGAAGGAGUACCUGAGGAAGGAGUUUGAGAGACACGGCUAUGCCGCCAAUGACACACACCACGAGGUGAUGGUGGAGGACAUAUUCAAGAAGGAGGACGAGGACGAGGAUGGGUUCAUCUCCGCUCGAGAGUUCACCUACAAACACGACGAACUGUAGCCACCUUCACACACCCUCUCUAGUCAUGUUUGCAUUUAAAGGAACACACCAAUUUUUUGGCAAAUUAGCAUAUUUUGAUGUCUAAACCAGAGUUAGAUGGUGUCAGACUGGGUGAUUUUGAUGUCUAAACCAGAGUGAGACGGUGUCAGACUGGGUGAUUUUGAUGUCUAAACCAGAGUUAGACGGUGUCAGACUGGAUGAUUUUGCAGGCACAGAGAAGAGAGGUAUCUAUCCUCUUAUCUAACUCUCGGGAAGAUUUCGAAUAAGCUUAUUUCUCAGAAAGGUGGCUUGUUUCUUUAAGGACACUUCAACAUGCCGUCAUUAACAUUUCAGUGGAGUGCAGUGGUGUCUUCAGUCCGUGGACAUGAUUUUAGAUUCCCAAAAUAUAUAGGCAAGAAGGAGAAGAGAAGGGUAGGUGUUCAGAGUGUGUUGGGAGUGGAGAGUGAGUGUGUGGAUGUGUAGGGAGUGGAGCGUGAGUGUUGGGUGUCCCUGGGUUGUGCUUGUCAGGAUGUAUCAUGUGUGUGUGCUUAACUCACCACCAGACAGAUAGCAGCUGUCUAAUAACAUGGCCAUGAUCUCCACCUGUCUAUGAAGGUGUGGUCUUCUGUCACUGAAACAGCAGCACCAGGACAACAGUAUGUUGUUAAAUGUGAUGUAACCUAGUCCUGCAGAGGGCAAUAUGUUGCUAAAUGUGAUAUUAUUUAGUCCUGCAGAGGGCAAUAUGUUGCUAAAUGUGAUGUAACCUAGUCCUGCAGAGGGCAAUAUGUUGCUAAAUGUGAUGUAACCUAGUCCUGCAGAGGGCAAUAUGUUGUGAGUACCAGGAAUUACUCUUUUAGAAGGCUGCACCUCAGGCAGGAAGGACUCUCUACAGGUGAUGAUACCUGGGGCAGUUUUUUUAAACAAUGCUGCUGUGUAGCCACAGAACCAGUUUGAUGUGUUAUGAUUAGAUGGCCUACUGGUUAUUGAAAUUCUCCAGGAAAGAAAAUGUUGGUCAAUAUCAAUUGCAACAACAAUACUCAGGAACAGUGGCCAGCAGCAUGGCUCAGGAACUGGCCCUGUGUAGCGUCAGCUUCAGAAGGCCAGACGUCCUGAAGGCCCUCCUUCUACCAGUGCACUCAGCCUCUGGAGAGCUGAAAUUCCUCUCAUCACCAGUAGAGGGAGUGUUGUCUUUGCUACUGCUCAGGCAUCCUCUGAACUUUAUGCCCCAGGAGAGAAUCACCUGUCCCAACCCUCACCUGUCCCUCCUCUCCACCCCCUGCCUUUGUGCCUGUAUUUGUAUGUAUUUAUUUUGUUACCUUUGUCUGUAUUUUUCUCAGUUUUUUCUCAGUUCUGACUGGCUAUAUCACUGUGAGUUUGGCUUUAAUGAGAUUGAAAUGAAACCAGUGGAAAUGA